GACACUUCGCCGGCUCUCCGCAGCUCGGAUACUCCGCUAUCCAUAUGGCAGGACGCCGGGUGACAGCCGCCGAGCUCCGGAACCAGUGCUCCUCGGGUGCCUGCUGGCUCCUCCGGGGCAGGAAGGUGUACGAUGUGUCUUCCUUCGUCCGGCUGCACCCGGGAGGGGAGAGCCUGCUGCUAGCUCGGGCUGGGACAGAUAUUCAGGGGGACCUGGACGGACCCCCGCACCGGCACUCGGACAAUGCCCUGCGCUGGCUGGAGCAGUAUUAUGUGGGCGAGCUGGAGCCCGAAGAGCCGGAGCAGCAGAACUUGAGGGAGCGAGUGAAGCAGCACACAUCCACGGACAGCUAUAGUUCUACGUCCGGGGUUCAGUUUAAAACGUUCGAUCCAGCAAAGGACUUGGUAAACUGGGAGAAGCCACUGCUGUGGCAAGUGGGUCACCUACGAGAAAACUACGAUGAGUGGGUGCACCAACCUGUGGACCGGCCAAUACGACUCUUCCACUCAGACUUUGUGGAGUGGUGUUCCAAAACUUCUUGGUACAUAGUGUUGGCAGUGUGGGCACCAAUUGUCGCGUAUUUAACUUGGUAUUGUCUCUCAGAACUUUCCCGGGGGCAGACCAGACUCUUUGCAACGUUCACAACAGACUAUUCCAUCCCAGUCCCCGUGUUCUUCUUCUUCCCUCUGUUCUUUGCCGGCAUGAUGGUCUGGACCCUGAUGGAAUAUGGAAUUCACAGAUAUAUAUUUCACAUGAACCCCCCAGCCAGCAACUACUUCCUCAUCACCUUGCACUUUAUGCUGCAUGGGCAGCACCAUAAGGCUCCUUUCGACAGCUCGCGAUUGGUGUUCCCUCCGGUCCCGGCGUCCUUCGUGAUCGUACCCCUCUACGUUAUCCUGCAGAUGGUGCUUCCUCCUGUGGUUGGUCUCUCCCUUUUUGUUGGAGGCCUGUUUGGAUACGUAGUAUAUGACAUGAUGCAUUACUAUCUACAUUACGGGUCACCAAAGAAGGGCUCCUACCUGGCCUGGCUCAAGUCUUAUCAUGUUCGCCAUCACUUCGAGCAUCAAAAAACAGGAUUCGGCAUCACCAGCACCCUAUGGGACCGUCCGUUUAACACCCUGAUCCCCGAAGACGCCAUUACGGAUUACUAGGAACCACACGCCGCGGAGAAUCACUGUGUCGACUAGGAUAACCUGCUGAGAUUGGGAGGGGGAGGAGAAGAAACAUUUUAUUU